GCAUUUGAAUUUCAAAAGGAGCGAGAUGGCGUUCGAGUACCGGCGGCUGCUCGAGGACGACCGCGCCAAGGCGUACCUGCGCAGCUUCGCCUCGGAGCGCAGUCACUGGAACGAGCUCGUCGAGGCCACGUUCCUCUACGGCGUGCACUGCAUUGCGCAAAACUACGCGCUGCAUACGCUGACCACCGACCAAGUCGUCGACAUCACACGGGCUACGCUCAAGAAGCCGCUGCACUACCAUGCCACGCAUGCGGUCCAUGCGCACGAGGCAGCGCCAAAGCGCGCAAUGGCGGCCAAACCCUCGUCGUCGUGGCGGCGUGGCAGCGCGGACGAGCCAAGCCCGAACCCGGUCGCGCCGCCACCGCCCACGACUCCAGCACCGGCGCUUCCCGACGGACGCCAGGAGCUCGAGAUGUACGCGGCGCUCGUGGGCAAGCCGUGGAUGCAAGCGGCAUGGCAAUCGUUCGUCGCGACGACCGGGUAUCCGUCCAUCGACGUCGACGCGUCCGAAGACGCGUUCUACACCGCGUACGACGCACUGCGCGCUGCGCCGACGCUGACGCCGCACCCGGCGCCCCGAACGUUUCUCGAUUUUGUGCGCGCUGCCUUGUUGCACGGCUUGCGCCCGCCGGUCGGGACAGAUGUCGCACCACCAACGAUACAAGCCCCAAACACCGUGGAUACGUCAAGCCAGCUUAACCCAGCAAAGAUGGACGUAUCAUGUGACCAGCGUCGUCCAGCAACGACGUCCACGACACGAAGCCAGCCUAGUCCGGCCAAGGCGACGACGAGAAGCCAGCCCAGCACACCGAGAGCGAGAUCCCUUACCUCAGCGAGGACAACAACAACAACGUCCAAGGUGAAGACGGAGCUCGAGGCGCCAAAGGCCAACGUGCUUCGCGUCCGGAAGAACACGACGCAGCGCCUGCACGAAGCGCUCGCCAAGCACAAGCGCAAUGCCAAUGACGCUACCACGUCGGUGCCACCCCGCGCGACGUCGCGCCCAAUAGCUCGCCCAGGCUCCAAGGCGCUUGAGAUCGCCGAGAUGCUGGCAGCCAGUCCGUUCUUGCAGACGGUCGAGACGACACUUCCCGAGCCAACGACUACCGAGCCAACGCUGCAGUCGGAGCUCUACGGACCCGACCUGGUCGACACGGACGGCUGCAGAGCUCCAUCAGCGAAUCGGCAGCGCGCCAAAGACGCUCUCAAGCCCAAACGCCACGUCGACUACAAGGGCUGGCUUGGCGACUACGGACCCGCUCAUACGCGCACGCUGGUGCCUGGCGACUGGAGUGAGCUCGAUGACGCCGACACGCGUUGGCUCCAGCAACGCCGCGGCACCAAAGCCGGGGACCUGCCCCCCUUCGAGUGGAACUUGGAUGCGAUCGACGUCGAGGUUCCGCAAGAGUCUUCGGGCACAUCUGCAGUGCACACGUCCGACAUCGACCCCGCUUUCGAAUGGCUCGUGCCCGAGUCCAGGCGAGUCUAAGUCAAAAUUUGACUUAGUAGUAGCAAAUACUAGAUUUUUUUCUUUUUAUGGGGA